AUGCCUCGCGCCAGUUCCACUUCCAUUCGAGCCCUACAUGGUGCUACUCUAGCAAUGCUGCAGCAAAAGACUGGCUUCAUUAACUUGCUCAAGAAUCGCUUUGGUGCUGGCCAAUCGAAGCAAUUGUAUCAACAAGUCUGUCCGAUUGUGGGCGCUUCGAUAGGCCAACAUAUUCGACACAGUAUGGAUCACAUGGAAUUAGCCAUCCGAAUGGCAGGAGAAUAUCCGAAUAUCAACAACGAUGAGUUUCAUUACGAUUUGAGAACUCGAGGAGGGAAUGAUGAGAAUGAUAUUGACGCCGCGUUCCAUCGGAUUGAUUCCUUGUCGGAUUUCUUGUUGGAGGAAAAAGAAAACGAGGGAUCAGCUUUGGUGGAAAGCCGACCAGUCGACGCCUUUUUUAUGUUGACAGGGGACCCAACGGAAUUCAAAGUUUCUACUACCACGGAACGAGAACUCGCCUUUUCGGUGCACCAUGCGAUCCAUCACAUGGCCAUGGUCAAGAUAAUUGCCGUACAGUCAUUGGAGAUUGGCAAUGAUGAUUUGCCGCCGGACUUUGGUAGAGCACCAAGUACAGUUGCGCACGACAAGGGCAUGAUUUAA